CCGUAUUCAGUUGAUCAAGCGAAAAUUGUAUCCGUUUUCUCGCGAGACACUGUUCAAACACUGGGAGCAACUUCCUCUCCCAUCAACACAAACAGUAGGCUACUGGAUACAUUUCUGAAUCUGUUACAUUUAUUGGAUUGAUGGCUACAUUGUUAUGUUUCCAUGCAGCAUGUUACCGCUUGUUAUGUAAUACAAUAUCACUGUGUGCACUGGAACACUGGAGGUGAAAAUAAGUAAGAAAUGUCCGUUGUAACAGGUGUAAUAUCCUCAAAGGAUAUGGACCCCAAAAUACCAUACGACGACUAUCAGCUGCCUGUGGUAUUUCUCCCCUCGUACGAGAAUCCACCGGCAUGGAUAGCUCCACAAGAGCGAGUCCACCACCCAGAUUACAACAACGAACUUACUCAAUUUCUUCCUCGCACCAUCGUCCUGAAAAAACCUCCCGGGGCGCAGCUGGGCUUCAACAUUCGCGGGGGCAAAGCUUCUCAACUGGGCAUCUUCAUUUCUAAGGUGGUCCCAGACUCUGAUGCGCACCGCGCAGGACUUCAGGAAGGUGACCAGGUGCUGUCAGUCAAUGAUGUUGACUUCCAAGACAUCGAACACUCCAGGGCUGUUGAGAUACUGAAGACGGCUAGAGAGAUUCUGAUGAGGGUCAGAUUCUUCCCCUACAACUACCAGAGACAGAAGGAGAGAACUGUCCACUAGGUGGCGUGAGAACACCACUUAUAUUUAAAUGCCGCAGUCAACUAGGUGGGGACCGUACCAAGAGGAUCACGUCAUCAUCCCCAUCCUCUCCUUCCUCUGGACACCCUAGCAGCAGAUAUACCAUCUCUCCACACAUGGUUGACUGGACUUGCAUUUCUACUUUACUUAAACCCCAACAAUAUGGUCCUUCCUAUGUGUCAGAAAACUUGAAAUAUUCACUGACUAAGCAGCCUAUCCCAUCCUUCCCCAAUUCAGGGUGUGUGUGAGCGUGUGUGUGAGCGUGUGUGUGUAAGUGCGUGUUUAGUUGUUCAAAGACAGAUUUAUUAGAGGUGCGUGUCCUUUAUAUUUCCAUAUUGACCAAGAUACGAAGAUAGACAACGUUAGGUAGUCUAGACACUACUAAGAAAGGGAUCAUAAUCUUUUGCAUCAAUCAUGUAAUCAAGAUGCAGUUGGUUCUGUAGUUGCUCAUCAUGAACAAAUAAUCGGAUUAUCCAGAGGCCUUGUUUUUAUCAUGCAGUGGACAAUGCUAAACCUAUUGUUUUUUUUCCUUCAAAAGCAUGUCUAGGUCAACUACUGUAGAAUAGUGUCUGCAGUAGGCAUACUUGUUCAUUGCAAUGCAUGCACUGUAGUGAAAUUUGAACAUUUUGUUGCCAUUAAUAUACUGUAUAUUGACGUCCUUACCUGAUUUAAGAAACUUAGCUAGAGUAACAAAUUGUAUUGCCAACUAAAUGAAUACUGUUGACUAACAUAUAUGAAAAAAGUAGCCAUCCCAUGUCCAGACAGUAAGCUUCCUGCCACAGUGCUGUUUAAGCCAAUUCACUGAGCCACAUUUUGGACAGAAGGCGGAGCGUCUUCAGUUGCAUGAAACGUAAUUUAUUUUGACUCCUGUGAUAAGACCCCAGGCACAAGGAAUAAAUGGCAGGACAUUUAAUUUCUCUAGCUGGUUCUUCUCAUCUCGGCUGAGAACUAUAAUAGCAAGAGGUGAUCCUUGAUAACAGAUAAACUGCAGGGUAUUGUUGGGCAAGACUGCAGUUUUUCUUGUCCAAAUAUUGCAUUUUGCAUUAAAGUGCAGUGUGUGUUGUUUCCUAAAUACUGACCUUACUGGACUUCUGUAGUACAGUAAAAACUGAAGUUCAAUGUCAGACUUUCUUAACUUUCUUAAGGGGUAUAAUGAAAUUGAGUGACAUUUGCCAACUUUUAGUGACAUUUAUGUUUUGUGUUUUGUUUUUUGUUUUUUUGUUUUUUUUUUACGAUUGAUGUGCAUCAUUUUUUACUUUUGUGAAGCCUCAUCAAUUCAUACUGUAUCGGUUAACACUUCAGAUUUGAUGACAAGUACAGUAGCAGUUGAUGUCAAACAUUAAGAACAUUCAUGUGCUAUUAUGUGGAAUUCUGGCAAAACUUGUACUGCAAUCAGAUGGUUAAUAUUGCAAAGGGAAAAUUUGUUUUGGCAAUAUUAGUUUCAAUGUAUUUGUUUAGGGGGAUAGCCCCUCGAGAUAAGAUCUCGUUUUCGAGGGGGUAGAGAAAAGUGUUUUCCCCUAGGGGCAAAUAAAUUAAUAUAUAAACAGAAUUUGUUAGCUGAAAACUAAAUUUUUAAAUGUAAGCAUUGCAUUCUAACUGUGUUCAAUGUUGACGUCUAACAUGUUACCCACCACAUGUGGCUUAAUUUAUGAUUGCUUGCCAUCUGUUGCAUAUAGCAGCAUUACUUGUAGUUUAAAAUCAAGAUUUGUAUGCAUUGAAAGUGUAUUUAUAAUGAAUCAUGUUGUGAACAAUAUGGAGGGUGGAUUUGAAAUAAACGACACGCUUUUAUGUCA